CAAAACAAUCGGCUUGGUUCGUGGACCCGUGGGCAACUUCCGGGAAUCGCGUCGGACAUCUUGCGGAGUACAGUUUAGAUGGUCUCGAUGAAUAAUAGACAAAGUUUGCGGGCGACGACGAGUCGGUGAUCGAACGGUCUCGGGCCUGGAGGACGUCCGUGUGGGCCGGAAGUCGCGCACGAUACACGCACCCUGACCGUUGGGAGCCGGUCGGUGGCCCAGGUCGUGUUUGCACCCGCGUCGAUUGAUUCCGUUUGCCUCCUCGAAAGGUAAACGGAAGACGGCGCGGCGCAUUCUUCCGAAGGACGGUCGUCGGUCGGUUCGUCGGUUUCGUCGCCGACAGUAUCGUCGCUGGCCACGUGCGUGUCGUUUACGCCACGGGCGAGCCGGGUUCACGCGUUAUUUCGGGCACACGGGAUCCUGCCGAGUGAAUAAUCGCGAGUGUUGGGUGGCGAAAACACCGUCGAAUAGGACUGUCGUCGGUUAGAAAGUCGCCGGCCGGAAAGGGUUUCGCAGAAUUGACGAUCGCGAAUCGCAGGAUACGCUGGCGGAACCGGUUAUAUCGUGGGACCGAGCCGCGGCGGAGGGCCGCCGGGCCCCCGGAAAGGGAGAGAUCAACGAGUAAAUAUUAACCCUCGACGUUUUCGAGGUUUCGCCGGGCCGGUUCGCGACGACGAGAUGACGCGGUAUCAGGCGCAACAGGAAUCCUCGAAAGAUUGUGAUUGAAGUGCGACGAUCGAGUGACCGAGGAACAGGUGCGUUCGGCUACGGGGGACCAUGGCGCAGCCUAGAGCGGCGUUCCUCCAGGACCAAUAGAUUGUUCGCCUGCGUCUGACAGAAACGACAUGGACGUACGGACAGAAAGAUCUCGAACCGCUGGCCGGAUAGCGCCGACCGGACGCGUUACUCCGACCAUACAUCAAACGGCCGGAGGAAGAAGGAAGGCGAUACCGGUCCCGCCGCCCCGGGUGCCAACCCCCAUGCCCACCGCCAACAAUAAUCAACAGAAAAACAAUGCGAACGUCGAUGCCCCGCCCGUCGUCGUCCCGCCGCCGAAGAAAGAGCCGCACGAAAACAUCGCCCGAAUAGCGAAGCGGUACCUCGACGACAACAUGCAGCAGGCGUGGAUCAAUCCCCGGCUAAUAUCAAUGAUUAACAUGGAGGCGGUGACGUCGACCGACUACGACUCGUCGAACCUGAGCAGAAACUUCAACCAGGUGGGCUUCAACACGUACAACUACUCGCAAUUCGAGGAGAAGUACAAGCCCCGACAGGUACUGAAAUACGGCGACGAGUAUCUGGAGUACGGGCGGAAUUCGGUGAGGCUGGGCACGAACGAUAGGUUCGGCAGGUUCGCGUCGUCGAGGCACCAGGACGGUGUCGGCAAGCUGGAUCACAAGUACGCGAGAAGUCACUCGCAGCCGGAGAGACAGCACCAUUCGUCUCACGAGGCCCGUUCAAAGUCGCAGGACUCCCGCGAAUUAACCUUCUAUCAGAUCGAUCCGCCGGUGAAGCCGGAGAACGUGCAGCACGUCCACUCGAAGGCGCAUCGUUCCGCGACGGAGAAGGGCCAGGGCAAAAAGGAGCUGACCUUCUACGAGAUCGAUGGGCCGGUCACGCAAGAAAAGACGAAAGACGCCAAGUUCGAGGCGUGCAAAGAGAGGGGCGAGAAGCGGGACAAGUGUCACGCCGGCCAAGAAAAACCGAAUCCGACGAAGCACGUCGGCAAGCAGAGCCAUCAGGAGCAAAAGACGAACCCGCCGAACUAUCAGCUGAACAGGUCGCAGUCGGACCUGACCGAGUGCCAGCUGCCCAAUUAUUACAGACACCAGAACAACCCCUACAUCGAUCCGCCCAAGUACAGGCCGUUCGACAGGCCGCCGAGGUACCAGGAAACGCCACCCAAGUCGGAGCCUCCGCCCAAGUACUCGGAAGUGGCCAAGAGACAGGACGACUGCAAACGAACUCAGGUGAGUAUAUCGGCUUUGCUGGAAAUGGAAGCAAAGUAA